AUGACUCGCGUUAAGACAUCAUUUGUGAGCGUAUCUCGUAUUAAGACGUCAUUUGUGAUAGUUGCUGGCCUCACCGCCCUGAAUGUAAUUUUGCUUCUUUUCUAUUUCUCUGGUCGCCAACGUACUAAGGCGCUCCCGGAACAGUUGCUGGUGAAUAAAGUUGAAACCGACGCGAAAACAAACCACUUCUUUAAAGGUUUGAAUCGGCAUACAUGGGAAGGGAGGUGCCUACAAAGUCUCGAAAAACUUUGCAGUUUUCCAAUCUUUCCCAAGGCACCAGAUAGACGAGGCAUCGUGGAAAAUGUUAACAUCUCUUCAAAUGCAAAACAAGUUACCGGCCUUCGCUUGCUGGGUUUUCUUCGACCGAAUGUGACUGGCGAAUAUUUUUUCACCGUUGAGACUAAUGGAUUUGUGGAGGUUUGGCUAAGUAAAAGCAUUAGUUGGAAAGAGGGAGCGAACAUCGCACAAGGCUACCCAACAGGCAAGCUUCCGAAAGAUGAAUCUCUAGAAUCUUCUAACUUAAGUGUGAAGUUGUUAGCCCAACAUGCGUAUUAUAUAGACAUAGUGUAUGCCCGGGGCGAAAUUAGAAAUAAUAAUGGUCCUCAAGUAAAACUUGCCUGGAAAAGACCCGAUAAAAAUGUCUUUGAAGUUAUCCCUGGGGACUUUUUUGCUCUGUUCAAAAAUGACAUUGACAUGGCUGAAAUGAAAGUUUACGAUGACGAUUUGCCUGACGUACUUGCCUGUGAAUCAAUACGCCUUAAAUUUGCAGGCGAACACAUGAAGCCGGAGAGGAUCACUUACUUAGAAAGCUCAGCAGUGAGGAACGCAUUAAAUUUUUGCGAUUACAAACCCAGUUAUCUUCUUAAUCCGGCAAACGUAGCCGGUUUUAGACAAUAUCAAGGAGUUUUUAAACAUGCCCACAAAACGUAUACUUUACCCUAUUCAAGUGUCGAUGGAAUAACAAGGGGAAGAGGAGGAGCAGCAUUUUUGGCUGAAUUUCCUUUGGAAGAACGAGAAGCUCGCUCGGUAGUCGACAGAUACACAGCUGCACUUGAGAAACGUUACGCAGGGUGAGUCGCUUGUUUAUAAUGUCUUACAAGGAUACUGCUUUGUCAACAAUGAAAGGCAGCACAAUCGCAAGUAUUUUUCUGGGGGGAGGGGGUUCUAAGAAAUGCUAUAGAGAUCCAACUAGCCCUAUAUGAAACGAGGAAAUCCAAGCCAAGAGUUAAGAGUGAACUACGCAAACAGCAAUAUACUGUGACACUUUUUGACUGGAAUCAUUUGGCACAUACAUAAUAGUUCUUUGUCAAACGCAAAAAUUUAUGUGUUACUGUACAGUUUUUGCUUUGUUUUAUUUUUUAACUACCCCGGGGACUUAUAUUUGGAGGGGCGAUUUAACGGAGGGUUUUUUGCGUUACGAGUUUGGGGGGCUAAUAUUUGGAGGGGCUUAUUUUCGGAAUUUUACGGUAUUUCCCAAGGUUUUCCAAAAUUUCAAACAUCCCUCCGUCUAAUAUUUUAAAAACACUUGAGAAAACACCCAAAAAUUCUCAAAAACUAAUUGAACCAAGGACUCCCAUUAUGGCUCUUGAUCAAAUAUUGGUUAAAUAUUUAAGAAAAAGGACGGAAAUAUUCAAAAAACAGCCCCCAGACUGCCCCCUUAAUAACAAGCUCGCGGUGAAAAGCGUUUAUUUAACACAUAAGACAGUACUUGAUAGAUUAACAGUCUUUAUACUGCAGGAAAUACAAAUUCAACACCAUCAAGCGCGUGGAGAUGAAAGACGAUCCUAAGAAAGGGAAGAGAUAUCUACUUGAGCUUGUCAUUAAGGAUAUCACUGAUGGGACACACUACUUAUUGUCAGAAUAUGUCUUUGUACCUCAUGGAAAAAACGCUUCUUUUUUAUGUUAUCCUGACGCUCUGCAGUGGAACAGGACAGCUGAUGUCUACUUAAUACUCACGGCUAAGAAUCUGGGUCGAUGGGUUCAUCAUUUUAUAAAGAAUGUUGAAAAGAUCGUGCAAGAAACAAAUGAUGAUCAUUUGCACGUUGUUAUAUAUGACUUUGGAAGCCCCGAUAUUGAUAUUAAAAAGGCUUUACAAAGAAGCAUCUUAAAGAAUUACCAUUUUAUCAUAAAUCCUGGACCCUAUUCGAGGACUAAGUCCUUCAGUGAGGCUAUAAAAUCUGUUGAUGAUCCAGACGCUAUUGUUGUUACUAUAGAUCUUCAUCUUGAUAUUGGAAGUCAGACCAUAAGUGAUAUACGUAAGGUAAGAUUUCUGCCAAUAUAAGCCUACACCGUCCAUAAUGUAAUCCGGAUAAAUCUGAAAUUGACGCCUUCGCCUCGAAAACGUUUUAAAAGGUUUCCCCCAACACUGUUAAUUUGGACAUCAUGCUGUGACGUAAGUACAUUAGAAAAUAUGACCGGGAUCGGGAUUGGCCGAUAAAAACGUUCGGGAUUUCGGGAUAAAGGGAAAAUUUUGGUCGGGAUGGUGGGAUUUAAAAACCCUAUUGGGGACCCUUGCUCAUAGAAGGGUAGACCACACAUUUCAAAUUGAUCCGGGUAAUUGUGGACGGCGUCAUGGAUAGCUAGAAGAGAGUGACUAUCAACCAUCUUAAACAUACUAAAAAUAACAGUUUUUCUUGCCAGUUUCUGUACCACUUUAACUAAAGUGUUUAAUGUUCCGGCAGAGUAGUUGGCACGCGAGGCUUUUCUUGGGUCACAAUAAACCAUAAGGUAGUUACUGAUCUACGGGAGAAUCAACUUAGUAACAGGUAAACAUCGUCCUCCGAUUGGUCUUUCACCUUUGUCUAAUCUAUUACCUUAUUUUGAUUUCAGCAUUGUUUCAAAGGAAUCACAGUCUACGCUCCUCAAAUCAUCUUUCUGCAUUGUGGUGGCAGUAGCAAUAUGCCCCUAGGCGUCUGGUAUCACUAUAGUUAUGGCACGAUAGCAAUGUACAAAAGGGAUUGGGAAUCCUUCGGAGGGUUUUCAAAAAAAUUCCUCAACAAAGACACGUGGGGUGGUGAGGAUUGGGAUAUAAUUGACGGUGCAGUUAAGGGAGGACUGGAAAUAGAACGCAAGCGUGCGCCAUGGAUUUUUCACUACCAACACAACAAAGCGGGAAUGUGGCAAAGAAAUUAG